UAGAGAUGUUGCAUGAAGUAUUUGUGUAUUUGGUAUUAGUUGUUGAUUCGUGCUUUUUGCUUUUGGUUUGUAGUACAGAGUUUAUGGGAUUGACGAGAUUGACUCAGGAACCGUGAGUGGGACACUGUUGACAUUGGUACGCAGAAAUAAAGUACAGUGUCAUGGCUGGUGAGAGUGGACAGAAGAGUAAGCGUCACACAUUAAAAACUGUUGUGGGUCAGCUGGUGGCUUUCAGUCAUGUGUUUAACACGAAGCCACGGGUUGCAUUUAUGGAGUUAAUGCAUGAUCACCAGCUGUGCCACAUAGCUUUACGACAGCACCUUGCACUCUACAAGAAUCUAACCAUGGGGAAGUUGUACAGGGUCACACAUCUUCAUGCAAAGCAGAUUCUGUACAGUGAUGGUACUGCUAUCCUUAUAUUGGAAACAACUCCUGAAUCAAGUUUUAUGCUGCUUCUGGAUUCUGAAAGAAUGCUGCCUGAGCCUGGAUUUAGCACAGCUAAUUACGAGGGUAAAGUUGUUGAAUCCUGUGCUUCACUGGGAAUUUACCAACUCCAUGAUGGUGUUCAGCUUUGUCUUGCUUUCCUGAUGAAGCACACAGAUGUUCCUGUUCCAUGUGUUGGCCAGAAUGUGUCUGUUUACAAUGCUCAUUCAUGGAAAAAUGAAGCUGAUCACAAGCAUCAUAUUGUUUUGUGCGGCAGAAGCUCUAUUAUUGUGCAUGGCCAGUCACAAGAACUGACCAACAGCAACUGUAUUUUAACUGAUAUAAACCACAGCUGCACCUAUAAUGAUCUCUUAUGGUUAAAGAAGCAGCUGGUUCAAGUUGAAGAGAAAUUUAACAGUGAUUUUCUUACUGAAAAUGGAAUACUGAGUGAAUCAGUGCCUCAAUUACAACAGACUGUGCUCAUUAGAACUGUGAAUAUCCUUUACCCAUCAAAGGAAAAGGACAUUAAACAGCGAUCAUUCAGCAGGGAGUUCCUUUUAUCUCCACAUCGGUGUGUUGUUUUGAAAUCAAGAACUUUUGCUGGAAUGUAUGCAACUUUGAAUGAACUGUGGAAAUGGGCUGCAAACGGUUAUAAGCCAUUUUCACAGUCCUGGAACUUACACAUUACCCAUCAUACAACUGGACUUGUGGGCUUCUUGUCAACAAGUGUCAGUAAUGGCUACUGGACACUGAGUGAUGCAACACAGAGUCUCUCUUGUGUGCCUACUGGCAGUAAGGAGGACUUGAUCACCUUGCAUGGAGCCAUAGUGCUUUUGUUGAAGUAUGCUGUUGUGAGGGAAGAAUGGCAGGACCUCACCUUUGUGUACAUUCACUUUGCAGUGAAGGAUGCUCAUGUCAUACACACUGGCGGUUUGAGGCGUGAGAUUGCUUACAGGUUAAAGAAGGAGACUGACGUUGGCAUGGCAUGUCAUUCUGGAAUGUGCACUAGUGAAAAUGGGACUGAGUGUAAACAAAGGUUAAGAAACUUUAGUGUGGAAAAUAUUCUGGGAUACGAUUUACUGUCUAAAGAAACAGUCGUGCCAGCUAAGUAUGCCUGGGUGAUUGUGGUUCUUCAUAAGACUACAGCAGCAAAAAUCUCUUUGAAUGCACCCUCCAUGUGCUGUGUGCUUGUCAGAUUGAUGGGACCAAUUCAUAAGGUGGCAGAUGAUUGUCAUUCUACUCAGCACCAAUNGGCCCAUCAACUACCACCCCACACACAAGCCUCAUGUGGACUCUCAGCUGUUGGUGUGGUAGGAGUGUUUGAAGGAANACCCAUAGCCAGUCACUAUACUGACACUGCAUCCUCUUUGUGGUGUCUAAAUAGAAACAAGAGGUGCAGGUUGAAGCAGAAAUUGAGAGUAUUGCCAGAUGUGUGGGGUGUGUGCUUGCCAGAAGAGAGCAGAUUUUUAUUAAUUGGCACACAGCGACCAAAUUUUUUUUACCUUAAAUUUAAUUCUUACAAUGUCAGUGACAAGAAUCUGAGUGAGGAGGUGGAGCAGAAGGAACUGGUAAAUGUUGAAGGAGUGAUUUAUGACCGUCUGCAUGUAGAUGUGAAAUAUGAGAGUGAGAAAACGCCAAGCCUACCGGGCUAUGGUAUUCCAGGUAUGAAGAAUAUAGUUCUGAAACUCAGAGCUGCACCUGGCUGUAAUGGAGUGUCGCUUUACUUCACCAAGUGGGGUUGCCGUGCCUAUCCGUAUGGCCUCGUCCCAGGGGCUCAGGUUUGUGCUAUGUUUGUAAGCAAACACGAGUCUCGCAGCAGUUCCUUUACUUACUUCCAGACAACAGAAUUUACCACGAUAGAAGUGUUGCAUAUACCUCACACAGUGGAUAUAAACACUGUCAGCAACACCUGCAGCAGACCACUGGCUAGUUGGGGUGAUAUUUGCAUACUGGGAAAGGAUGCUGAAUAUGCAGCUGCAGGCAGCAUUCUGUGGGGCACCUUCAGCACCAUAAAAAUACUGACUCUGAUGGCAACUACGUCUUGUUCUAAGUGUGGUAGCUUCUUCAGAAGUGGCUGCUGCGUUGGCUGCAAUUUGUACCCAGCGUCUCCGAAACUUAGUGUUACUGCAGCGUGCUGCAUAGAAGAUUCAUUUGGAAAAAUUCUAAUUUUCAUGAAAGAUGAUCAAGUGUGUCAGCUGCUAGGGCUCUCCAAACCAUACUGGGAUGUGCUUACCAAAGUAAUUAGUCACGAUGGUUCUAAAAUUGAAUUGCCUCAAAGUCAAUGGAAUCCUGAAGACCCAAUUGGUAAACAAGUGUUACAAGCUUUACUGAAGACUGUGGAGAUACGUCAACUACCCUUUCACAUUUUGUGUCGUAAAAUGAAUGUCAAUAAAACAGAUACAAUGUAUGCAGACAUGCCAAAGUUGAACUGCCUACAACUUCAAAAACCACGGCCACCUUUUUCCUUUUCUGUGUUCAAGAAAGGGAUUUCACAACCCUGAGCCCUGCAGCAGAACAGAUGGUUGACUCCCUUGGUGUAAAAAUAAAGUGGUCCAAUUUAUCAAAAAAUGUAUGCAUGAGAGGUUCAGGGUGUGUAUGUUACUAAAUAUACAGGGUGUCCCAGGAGGAA